AUGUUUACGGAGCCUGGUUGCGUGGAUGUGAUUAUCGGAGCAAGUCUGUUCUUCGAUCUGCUUCACAAGGAGAAAAUCAAAUUAGGAGAUGACGGGCCUAUCGUACAAAAUACAUCACUCGGCUGGAUUGUAUGCGGAAACCUUCCUGCCGAGACAGACGUGUGCAGACCGCACAUUGUCAACACGUGUACGGAGAAGCUCGACGAUCUACUCACACGAUUCUGGGAGCUGGAGUCGUGUAAAACGGACAGUGUGCUAUCGCUGGAGGAAUACGCCUGUGAGAAGCUGUUCGAUCGCACAACAGUGCGUGAUGCAAGUGGCCGUUUCAUUGUCACGCUUCCAAAGAAGGAGUACCUAAUCCAUCAGCUCGGAGAUUCACGAUCUACGGCGAUGCGACGAUUCCUCUCCCUGGAGCGUCGUCUGGAUACAAACCCGCAGCUGAAGCUGCAAUACAGUGAAUUUAUUCACGAAUACCUCCACAUGGGUCACAUGGAGGAGGUAAUUGGGGAUGAAGAAGAUGCUGCUUUACCACAGUACUUUAUCCCACAUCAUUGCGUCAUCAAACCCGAUAGUACGACUACGAAACUUAGGGUGGUGUUUGACGCAUCGUGCGCUACGUCGACUGGAGUCUCCCUCAACAACGCCUUGAUGGUGGGACCGACGGUUCAAGACGACAUCAUUUCGAUCGUUCUUCGCUUCCGAUUCCAUCGGAUUGCCGAAAAAAUGUACCGCAUGGUACUGCAGCAGUGGGCGGACCGAAAGUUGCACAAAAUACUUUGGCGCGACGAUCGGAAUGAAAGUGUACGGAUCUUCCAGUUGAAUACCGUUACAUACGGCACAGCUUCAGCGCCAUAUCUGGCGACGAAAUGCCUCAAGCGGCUCGCAGAACUGGAUGGACAAAAGUAUCCCGAGGCAGCAAAAAUUCUGAGCAUGGAUUUCUAUGUGGACGAUAUGAUGACAGGCGUAGACAACGAAGAAGAAGGCGUCCAACUAUGCAGCGAUAUGCAGCAAUUACUAAAAGGUGGAGGAUUCAACUUGCGAAAAUGGAGCAGCAACUGUCCAGCCGUUCUGGAGAAAAUACCAGCAGAACUUCAUGACGUUCGUGCUUCGUUCGAGCUUGACGACUCAAGUGCUACCAUCAAAACUCUUGGGCUGAUUUGGGAGCCUAGGAUCGACGUUUUUCGCUUCAAGGUGCCGGAGUGGAACUCAUCGGUCAUCUGCAAGCGAUCAGUUAUUUCCGAUUUGGCUCGAAUUUUUGAUCCUCUCGGGCUAAUUGGAACUGUAACCGUUUCAGCCAAAAUAUUCGUCCAAAGUCUCUGGAAACUGAAAGUGUCUUGGGACGAACCUCUGCAAAACGAACUUCGGGAGCAAUGGGCCGAGUUUCGAAUAAGUCUGUCCAGGCUUGAAUUCCUUGAAAUCCCAAGGUGGAUCGCAUAUCGGAAAAACUGUCUUUCUGUGGAGCUUCAUGGUUUUUGCGAUGCUUCGACGAAGGCCUACGGGGCGUGCAUAUAUGUUCGGUGUACGCAUUCGGAUAGGACAAUCACCACUAAUCUGCUGGUAGCAAAGUCACGAGUCUCCCCGCUAGCAGAGCUGGGAAAGAAAAGGAAGCAGCUCACAAUUCCUCGGCUAGAGUUGUCCUCCGCUGUACUGUUAGCUCAUCUCUACGAGAAAACAGUUGCAAGCAUUCCGGUUUCCUCCCAGUCAUAUUUCCACACCGACUCCAUGAUUGUGCGUUACUGGAUCUCAUCAAAUCCGUCGCGGUACCAAAUGUUCGUGGCGAAUAGGAUCUCGGAAGUGCAACACCUGACGAAAAAUGGUACGUGGAGACACGUAGCAGGAACGGAGAAUCCAGCGGAUGCACUUUCGCGCGGCAUUACACCAGGAGAUCUACAAAACAAUUCGCUGUGGUGGGAAGGUCCACCCUGGCUGAAACAAGAAAGGGAAUACUGGCCAGAAACCCAAGAAGUCGUAUUGGAAGAACUGGAUCGAUCGCACCUCGAGGAAAGUUCUGCUGUAGUAUCCGUAGCUACAAUCUCAUCUUUAGCCUACGUUCCACGUUGCACCGGCUAG